UUGAGUCUUAUUUUUCCAUACUAAAGUUUUCAUUAUUUUGAUAAUGUUCUUUUGAUAUUUGUAUAGAAAGCAACAACUUUUUGAUUACGUUUUAUUGAAAAUAUUAAUUUCAAGAUUGAAGCAUGCCGCUCGCGGACAUAACUAACCCAGACGUAAUCAAAUUUCUUGUAGAAAGCUAUGACAAGACCACACGUUUGCGCUUGAAGUGGAACAGGUUACAUGCUGAUAAACUUAAAGAAGCUGCCACACUACAUCGAGAUGAAAAGGGAUAUUUUGAAACCGAUGUUUUAAAAGAGAGCAUGGCAGGGGGAAUGGCCACCAUCACAAGAGACUUCAAGGUAGCCGGCUACAACAGAAGACGCACUCCUAUCCGUGACGGUGUCCACAUUUAUGGUGUAUCGGAAAUGAAAAAAGGCCAUUCCAUUGUUGACGUUGGCCUCGGGGAUCCCAAGGAUGACCCAAGACUCGCGCGGCCAGAUACAGACCUCACGAUAGACCCAAUUAUGAGACCAAUAGACCCUAAAGAAAAGAAAAUCUUGUACGAUGACGUGCCGACUUACGGACGAGCUGUUUAUUUGAAGAAUCGCACUAGAACUAUGCCGGAGAAAAAGUAUUACUUCAACGAAUGCAGUGGAUGGGUCUAUGGAUGGAGAUUGGGAGACAGUUUCUUCAAAAAGAACGCUCCGAAGUGUGGCCGCGUUUGGAGGCUGACUCGAGAUGUCAAAAGUCGAACGGGUCCCCACCCGGACCCGGCACACUACAAGGAGUCUGAACCGCCAGGGGUCUCUAAAUGCCCUUUAUAA